AUGCUAAGAAGUGUUCGAGGAGUAUCACUAUUACCAAGAAUCUUUUACGCCAGGAAAAACUUGCAUAUUGCCCAAGUAACGAAGAUACCAGUUCACUAUAUUGAAGCAUUUAAUAAACACUAUUCAACUAUGUCAACUCAAAACUGCUGCUCCAAAUUGGCGUCUUUGUCAUUAAAUUCUGACAUCCCAAAGAUGGAAGGAUCCCAUCCUGAGUCAAAUGUUGUUGAUUUUGCGAGAAACUAUAUUGCUAAUGAGUUAUCUAAGAUAGCGAACGUGGCAUCGCCUUUAAUCUACGAAGCACUAGAGUGGACUAAUACUUUAGAAAGAGGUGAUUUGUUGAUUCCAGUUCCAAGAUUAAGAAUUAAGGGUGCUAAUCCUAAGGAUUUAGCUUUGGAUUGGGCUUCUAAGUUCCCCUGUGGAGAAUAUUUGGACCGCGUUGAUGCUAAUGGUCCAUUUAUUCAGUUUUUCUUGAAGCCUCAAUUCUUGUUUAAUGUUGUGAUUCCAGAUAUUCUAGAGAGAAAGGAUAACUAUGGUGCUAAUAAACUUGUUGAGAACAAGAAGGUCAUUAUUGAGUUUUCUUCACCAAACAUCGCUAAGCCAUUCCAUGCUGGGCACUUGAGAUCCACAAUUAUUGGUGGAUUCUUGUCCAACUUGUAUGAAAAAAUGGGUUGGGAGGUUGUCAGAAUGAACUACCUAGGUGACUGGGGUAAGCAAUUUGGUUUGCUGGCUGUUGGUUUUGAGAGAUACGGCGAUGAAGAGGCAUUGGAGAAAGAUCCAAUUGCGCACCUUUUUGACGUUUAUGUCCGUGUCAACAAAGACAUUGAAACUGAAGGCGACUCUUUGUCAGAAGAAGAAUCUACUAACGGAAAGGCCCGUGCGUACUUCAAGGCAAUGGAGGACGGUGAUGAGAAUGCGUUGAAGAUUUGGGAAAAGUUCCGUAACUUGUCUAUUAAAAGGUACGUUGAGACAUACGCCCGGUUGAAUAUUAAGUACGAUGUUUACUCAGGUGAGUCUCAAGUUAAAAAAGAAUCUAUGGACAAGGCUUUGAAGAUGUUCGAAGAAAAGAACUUGACUCACGAGGACAGAGGUGCAACUUUGAUCGACUUGACGAAGUUUAACAAGAAGUUGGGUAAGACUAUCGUUAAGAAGUCUGAUGGUACAACUCUAUAUCUAACUAGAGAUGUUGGAGCUGCCAUGGACCGUUAUGAAAAGUAUAAGUUUGACAAGAUGAUAUACGUUAUUGCUUGUCAACAAGAUUUACACACAGCUCAAUUUUUUGAAAUUUUGAAACAAAUGGGCUUCGAAUGGGCGAAGAACCUUGAACAUGUCAACUUCGGUAUGGUCCAAGGUAUGUCUACUAGAAAGGGUACUGUUGUUUUCCUCGAUAACAUCCUAGAAGAGACCAAAGAAAAGAUGCAUGAAGUUAUGAAAAAGAACGAAGUAAAGUAUGCCCAAGUUGAAAACCCAGACGAGGUCGCAGAUUUAAUCGGUAUGUCUGCUGUCAUGAUCCAGGACAUGCAAGCCAAGCGUAUCAACAACUACGAAUUCAAAUGGGAAAGAAUGCUUUCUUUCGAGGGUGACACUGGUCCAUACUUGCAAUACGCUCACUCCAGAUUGAGAUCAGUCGAGAGAAAUGCCUCCGAAAUCGUUCCUGAACAAUGGCCAACUGCUGAUUUCUCACUACUUACCGAACAAGCAGCUGUUAUACUUAUCCGUAUUUUGGCGCAAUAUCCAGAUGUUUUGAGAAACGCAAUUAAGACCCAUGAACCAGCUACCGUUGUAACAUACUUAUUUAAGUUGACUCAUCAAGUUUCAUCUUGUUAUGAUGUCCUAUGGGUGGCUGGUCAAACUCCAGAAAUUGCUACCGCUCGUCUAGCUCUAUAUGCUUCCGCCAGACAAGUUUUGAAUAAUGGUAUGCGUCUAUUAGGUCUAACUCCCGUUGAGAGAAUGUAG